AUGAAGCGAGAAACGAGGGACCGUGGAAGGACGGACCUUGCACCAGAGAAGUAUGUAGAGGACUCUGAUCCAGAGCCUGAGGAUGAAGGUGAGACUCGGUGUAUUUGUGGGAAAAUUGAACCGCCAGAUGAUUCGGGUCUUUAUAUUCAAUGUGAACAAUGCCAUGUUUGGCAACAUGGAUAUUGUGUGGGCAUAUCUGAGGAGGAAACUCCGGAUAAGUAUUGGUGCGAGCAGUGUAAACCAGAGCUACACUCGCUCUACACAACGGAUCUUGGUGAGAAGAGGUCAAUAUACAAGCCAAUUCAGCAACGCCGUAGGAAAAAUAGAAGGUCGAAAAGAAACUCCGAAUCGGAUGGAGAAGUAUCAAACGCUGGAAGUUCACUAGAGAACCAAUCUCCUUCUAGCUCAGUGGUUAGUGGAAAUAUUGGAUCUCAAAGAUUAUCUCGGCAAAGGAGAAAUAGUAGUAAUGUUGAAUUAUCGAAGGAUGAAGGUGAAGAUUCUAUUGCGGACUCCGGAAAUGGUGAAGAUAAGGAUGAAAAUAUUCCCAAGCGCGAGUUUGAUCCAAUUGAUGAAAAUCAAAAGGUUGCAGAUCGUAAACGUGCUACAUCCAGUGCCAGGGAAGAGAAACAUUAUCAACUUAUGCUAGAGAAAGCCCUACGCGAAAGCAGACGCUCUUCAAAAGAUGGCACCGAUCCCGAAGACCAAGAUAUUUUGAAGGAAGAAGAGGCAUCAGGGAAGUCCGCCUCACCAAAGAAUUACACUAGAGAUACGGAAUCUCCAGAAGUGGAAGGAUCUGAAGCUGAUGAAGCAGCUAGUCAAUCAAGAAAACGAGCUAGAACGACAACAAAAUCUACAUCGCCAUCAGGUUCCGAAGAUGACUCCAAAUCAAAAAGAUCAAGAAGAGGUAAGAGCAAUGGUUCAACCACGCAAAGUAACUCAAGGAUUUACAAGACCUCAAGUGGAAGAGUUGCAAGGAAUUCUAAAGCUAGCAGCUCAAAAGGAUCGGGUUCCUCUGGAAGUUCAAACUUGUCGAAAUCUAAUGGACAAUCUAAUGAUAUCGGAAUCAACAAGCCUCUAAAACCCAGGAUUCCCUCUCAGAGGACCACUAUGCAUGAAAUGAGAAGAAGAGUUAACGCUAUUCUGGAAUUUAUCUCAAGGACACAGUUAGAAAUAUCUAAUGACCAACGUCAACGGGAUCAGUUGUGCCAGUUUGUGGAAAACGAAGAAUUCCUGGAAAAUAUUAAUAAAAUAUUCUCCAGUUACGACGAAUCCUUCAAAACGAUGGAUGAGCUAACGAGGAAAUUACUGCUUUGGGAGCAAAAGUUUAGUCCAGCUUCUUAA